UCCACGCCCACUGCAGAUUAAAAGCCUGUGAGGUCGUGCGAACGCCCCACUCCUUCAUCCGCUGCCUCUGCCAGUCUCACUCCUCUGUCUGCUGUGUGAUUCCCCCAACCGACGCUCCACCAUGGUUCACCAUAAGGAAUUUGAGGGUGCAGGGAAGGAGCCCGGCCUGCGGGUUUGGCGGAUUGAGAACAUGGACCUGAAGCCGGUCCCUAAAGCUCUUUACGGCAACUUUUACUCAGGAGACGCCUACGUGCUGCUCUUCACCACUCCAGCUCCAUCAUACAACAUCCACAUGUGGCUGGGUGAUGAAUGCUCGCAGGACGAGAGCGGAGCGGCGGCCAUCUUUGCCAUGCAGAUGGACGACUACCUGGGUGGGGGGCCAGUGCAGUUCAGAGAAGUGCAGGACCAUGAGUCCAACACUUUUCUGGGGUACUUCAAGUCAGGCAUCAAGUAUCAGAAAGGGGGCGUGGCCUCAGGCUUUCAACAUGUGGUCACCAAUGACAUGAACGUGAAGCGCCUACUGCAGGUCAAAGGUCGCAGGGCCAUCAGGGCCACAGAGGUGGAGAUGUCCUGGUCCAGCUUUAACAAAGGAGACUGCUUCAUUGUUGACCUGGGAAAGGACGUGUACGUGUGGUGUGGCAGUGAGUGCAACCGCUUCGAGCGACUCAAGGCCUCUCAAGUCGGCAUCGACAUCAGAGAUAAUGAAAGGAAUGGCCGGGCAAAGUUACACAUGGUGGAGGAGGGGGCGGAGCCGGAUGAUCUGACAAAGAUUCUAGGACCUGUAACCACCAUUGCUCCCAGUACUCCAGAUGAUGACAAGGUGGAGACUGCUAACAGGAACAAGGGCGCCCUCUACAUGAUCUCCGACGCUUCUGGCUCCAUGAAGGUGACAGCUGUGGCUCCGUCCAGUCCCUUCAAGCAGGCCAUGCUGUCUCCUGAGGAGUGCUACAUUCUGGACAACGGCUUGGACAAGAACAUCUUUGUGUGGAAAGGUGCCUGCCCCAAAGCCAACGAGAAAGAGCGCAAACAAGCCAUGACUGCAGCACAGGAGUUCAUUAAAGACAAGGGUUACAGCCCCAAAACUCAGAUUCAAGUGUUUCCUCAAGGAAGCGAGACGACCCUGUUUAAGCAGUUCUUCAGUGACUGGAGGGACAAGGAUGAGACCACGGGCCCCAGGAAGGCCUACAGCAUUGGUAGCAUCGCCAAAGUGAAGCAAGUGCCUUUUGACGCAUCGACGCUGCACUCAAAUAAAGCCAUGGCAGCGCAGCACGGCAUGGUGGAUGACGGCAAAGGCAAAGUUCAGAUCUGGCGUGUUGAGAACGGGGAGAAGGUUCCUGUGGAUUCAACCUCUCAUGGCCUCUUUUAUGGUGGUGAUUGCUACCUCAUCCUCUACAGCUACAGACAGGGGGCCCGAGAGCAGCACAUCAUAUACACCUGGCAGGGGCUGAAGUGCACUCAGGAUGAACUGGGAGCUUCUGCUUUCCUCACUGUCAAGCUGGAUGACUCCAUGGGAGGAGCCCCAGUUCAGGUGAGAGUGACUCAGGGUCAGGAACCCCCCCACCUGAUGAGCCUCUUCCAGGACAAACCUAUGAUCAUCCUGAGCGGAGGAACAUCACGCAAAGGUGGACAGUCGCAGGCGGGCGGCACUCGCCUCUUCCACAUCCGCCACAGCUCCACCGGUGCCACCCGGGCUGUGGAGGUGGACCCCUCUGCCUCCAACCUGAACACCAAUGAUGUGUUCGUGCUGAAGUCCCCAAGUGCCCUGUAUGUGUGGAGGGGCCAGGGUGCAAACGAUGAGGAGAUGGAGGCAGCGAAGCAUGUGGUCAGCUUUUUGGGAGGCUCUCCCAGCCACGUGUCUGAGAACAAAGAGCCAGCUGAUUUCUGGUCUGCUUUGGGAGGCAAAAAGGAAUACCAGACCUCAAAGAGCCUGCAGGGCAUCAUCAAACCCCCACGGCUGUUCGGCUGCUCCAACAAAACAGGAAGGCUUGUGGUGGAGGAGGUACCAGGAGACUUCACACAGUCAGAUCUGGCCACAGAUGAUGUCAUGAUCUUAGAUACCUGGGAUCAGCUGUUUAUUUGGGUUGGCAAUGAGGCCAAUGAAGAGGAAAGGAAGGGAGCUCCAAAAAUAGCAAAAGAAUACGUUGAUUCUGAUCCCUCCGGUCGUCGAGGAAUACCCAUCACCACCAUUAAACAAGGGGCGGAGCCUCCAACGUUCACCGGCUGGUUCCAGGCUUGGGAUUCCAAGAUGUGGGAGACGGACCCAUUAGAAAGAGUCCGAGCCCGUUUCUGAAAGUAGAUCUUCAGUCCCCUCACAUGAUGACUCUUCCCCUGCCUAAUCUGGAUAUGCCUGAGUGACCGAAGAGCCUUCGGUCACCUCUAUGCCUUGAUCUUGGUGCUGUGCGCUGGAAUUUAUUAAAGUCAUACUAUCAUGAAACCUUUUCAAAUGCUUUAUUGUGUUUCAGUUUUUAGUUUAUAAGUUUUUGCCUCGGAGUCAUCUUGAAUUAAAAUACAAAUAAAGGGCUGGAGACUUUUAUCUACUUCUGCCAUGUUCUGUACUACACUUGUAUUAGAGGUUAGAAGAAAUUAUCUUCUCUUGCAGUUUUAUUGUAUUAAUAUCUAUUUUCAAUGAACAAUCUUGAACUAAUCAGAAAGCUUACUCCUGUGUCUGUCAAGUUUUGUUCUCCUUGCUCGCAGCUUGUGGAGAUCACUUUGCCUUUUCAUAACAAUAAAGGGACAAUAAAACUGA